AUGGCAACUCUAACGACGUUAACAGACAAGCAAGCCGAUCUCGGAUCACGGAUUGCGAAGACUAUAAUUAAUUUACAAAAAGCGCCGAAGGAUCGAAUUAAUAUAAUAUCGGUAACUAAGUAUAUGGAAACGUUAAACGAGCGUUGGCAAGUCUUUUCAGCAACUCAUUAUAAAAUGCUAGAUUCCUCCGGUUUCAAGGAUACUGAAUACGCGAAAUCAGACUAUUUCACUCAAACGGAGGAGGCGUAUUAUGAUGCUCUGGGAGCCGUUACCACGGUUUUGGAGAAAUUAAACGCCGCCUCGGAGCCCGAGAAAGUCAAGGACAAUCCUUCUCCUACAACUACCUCGCUGGUGCGCCAGCUUCAGUUGCCAAAAAUCGAUCCCCCUGAAUUUUCUGGUGACUUUCUUGAGUGGAAAGGUUUCCGUGAUCUAUUCGCCUCAAUGGUAGGAAAUGUUCCAACUCUUUCCGAUGUCCAAAAGUUACUUUACCUUAAACGUAGCUUGAAAGGAGAGGCCGCGGAAGUUAUCGUUAAUACUCCAUUAACCGAUGAUGGUUUUAAAAGCGCAUGGAAUGCACUUUGCAAUCGUUAUGGUAACGAACGCGUUUUAUCACAUCGCUACCUUGCGGACCUCUUCAAUUUUCACACCGCUGAGAAAAGCAGUGCUUCGGAGCUUCGUCGUGUAUUGGACCGUGUCAAUACGAUCGUACGUGCUUUGUCCUCUCUACAAAAACCGAUUGCUCAAUGGGAUGAAAUUUUUCUAUUCGCGCUGACUAACAAGCUAGACUCUAAAACAAGGAUUGACUGGGAGACAUCUCUUGGAGAUGGCAAAUCCGUACCGAAAUUUGAGAAAUUAUGUAAUUAUUUAGAGAAUCGCAUCCAAGCCCUUCGAACUCUAAAUCAAGGCAGUGCGAGCAGUGCAAAGCAGGAGAACACUUCAAAACCUACGAAAUUUAGUAAAGCAGCUCCAAGCAAAGCCAGGAGCUUUAAUUCAACAACAAACGGUAAAAGUAAACCACCCAUCAAGUGCAUUGUGUGUUCCGAAAGUCAUUCCUUAAUUAAUUGCACCGAGUUCAGAAAGCUAACGCCGGCUGCUAAAAGGGAAAAGAUAACGCAACUUCGAGCAUGCAUAAAUUGCUUAAACCCAUAUCAUCUUGUCAACAAAUGCGCGUCUAAACAUUCUUGCUUUGCAUGCGGCCAAAGGCACCACACUACCUUGCACGAUUCUUUCACAGUACCAGUGCUAGCUUCAAGUCAGACUUCAGGUUCGGGGUCAGGGUCAACUACUUCAGUCGACAAUAUCUCGGUGUCGAACGCAAGCCCUGCCUCCAGUUCAACUGCCUUGACUGCUCGCGCUCCUGGCGUCGGAAUCGUAUCUACGGCGCGCGUCCUUCUAACAGGGCCCAGUGGCAAAACACUUAGAAUCCGAGCACUUCUGGACACAGGUUCCGAUUCGUCCCUUGUCUCCGAAUGGGUGGCGCAAACUUUGCGGCUUCCUAAGAAACCGGUUCGAGUGGAGAUUUCGGGAAUUGAGGCCAAGGGCCCGGUUACGGCCCGCGCCUCGGUCAGUGCUUACCUCGGUUCCCCGUCCGACAAUCAGUUCAAGCUUCCAAUUGAAGCUUUGGUCCUACCAAGUUUACCCACAAAACUACCUGCAAGGUAG